UGCGGAGGCAAAAUUUAUGUGUGGGGUUCGGGAGUGGUUCCACUAAAGCCUAAAAUUUGUAGCCUAUCUUAGCGCCGCAGCCGCCGCAGCGAAUACACUUUCUCCUCUUUCUCAUCUGGACGCCAUUCGUGUGAGCUGUCUACAGAUUAGCCGAUCAUGCAGAACGAAGCCGGAGAAUACGUGGAUCUCUACAUCCCGCGCAAGUGCUCGACGAGCAACCGCAUCAUCCAUGCGAAGGACCACGCAUCUAUCCAGAUCAACCUGGCCAUUGUGGACGAGCAGAGUGGCCGUGCAACAGGCGAGACCAAGCCAUAUGCCAUCUGCGGAGCCAUCCGACGAAUGGGAGAGUCUGAUGACUGCAUCACCCGCUUGGCAAAGGAUGAUGGCUACAUCCCUAAGGACUUCUAGCGGCAGUCUUGAAAUAAAGCAAUGAAAACGGCA